GGGGUGAAGAGGAAGUGCGUCUGGUUUUCACCCUGGAGUUCCCCGGAGCUGUGGAGGAAAACACCGCAGGUAUCAGCCUAGUAGUAAAACCGACCAGAAGCCAUGCACAGAACUACAUCCCUAGAGAGAGACUGGUCCUUUGCCCUCCCUGUCGUCGCACCAUGAACAUGGUUCAAGACAGCGCCUUUCUAGCCAAGCUGAUGAGGAGUGCUGACAGCUUUGAGCUGAAGUAUGAUUUUUCCUGUGAGCUGUACCGAUUGUCCACAUAUUCAGCUUUCCCCGCUGGAGUUCCUGUGUCAGAAAGAAGUCUGGCUCGUGCUGGCUUUUACUACACUGGUGUCAAUGACAAGGUCAAGUGCUUCUGCUGUGGCCUGAUGCUAGACAACUGGAAACAAGGGGACAGUCCCAUUGAGAAGCACAGAAAGCUGUAUCCCAGCUGCAGCUUUGUACAGACUUUGAACCCAGCCAACAGUCUGGAAGCUAGUCCUCAGCCUUGUCUUCCUUCCACAGCGAUGAGCACCAUGCCUUCGUGCUUUGCAAGUUCCGAGAACACUGCCUAUUUCAGUGGCUCUUACUCAAGCUUUCCCUCAGACCCUGUGAACUUCCGAGCAAAUCAAGAUUGUCCUGCUUUGAGCACAAGUCCCUACCACUUUGCAAUGAACACAGAGAAGGCCAGAUUACUCACCUAUGAAACAUGGCCAUUGUCUUUUCUGUCACCAGCAAAGCUGGCCAAAGCAGGCUUCUACUACAUAGGACCUGGAGAUAGAGUGGCCUGCUUUGCAUGCGAUGGGAAACUGAGCAACUGGGAACGUAAGGAUGAUGCUAUGUCAGAGCACCAGAGGCAUUUCCCCAGCUGCCCAUUCUUAAAAGACUUGGGUCAGUCUGCUUUGAGAUACACUGUCUCUAACUUGAGCAUGCAGACACAUGCAGCUCGUGUUAGAACAUUCUCUAACUGGCCUUCUAGUGCGCUAGUUCAUUCCCAGGAACUUGCAAGUGCGGGCUUUUAUUAUACAGGACACAGUGAUGACGUCAAGUGUUUUUGCUGUGAUGGUGGGCUAAGGUGCUGGGAAUCUGGAGAUGACCCCUGGGUGGAACAUGCCAAGUGGUUUCCAAGGUGUGAGUACUUGAUCAGAAUCAAAGGCCAAGAGUUUGUCAGCCAAGUUCAAGCUGGCUACCCUCAUCUACUUGAGCAGCUAUUAUCUACGUCAGACUCCCCAGAAGAUGAGAAUGCAGAAGCAGCAAUCAUGCAUUUUGGCCCUGGAGAAAGUUCGGAAGAUGUCGUCAUGAUGGGCACGCCUGUGGUUAAAGCGGCCUUGGAAAUGGGCUUCAGUAGGAGCCUGGUGAGACAGACGGUUCAGCGUCAGAUCCUGGCGACUGGCGAGAACUACAGGACUGUCAGUGACCUCGUUGUAGGCUUACUCGAUGCAGAAGACGAGAUGAGAGAGGAGCGGACAGAGCAGGCGGCCGAGGAGGAGGAGUCAGAUGGUCUAGCAUUAAUCCGGAAGAACAAAGUGGUGCUUUACCAACAUUUGAUGUGUGUGACACCAAUGCUGUAUUGCCUCCUAAGUGCAAGCACCAUCACUGAACACGAGUGCGAGGCUGUGAAACAGAAACCACACACCUUACAAGCAAGCACACUGAUUGACACUGUGUUAGCAAAAGGAAACACUGCAGUGACCGCAUUCAGAAACUCCCUUCAGGAAAUCGACCCUGCGUUAUACAGAGAUAUAUUUGUGCAACAGAACAUUAGGAGCCUUCCCACAGAUGACAUUGCAGCUCUACCAAUGGAAGAACAGUUGCGGAAACUCCAGGAAGAGAGAAUGUGUAAAGUGUGUAUGGACCGAGAGGUGUCCAUCGUGUUCAUUCCCUGUGGCCAUCUGGUCGUGUGCAAAGACUGCGCUCCCUCUCUGAGGAAGUGUCCCAUCUGUAGAGGGACCAUCAAGGGCACAGUGCGCACAUUUCUCUCCUGAACAAGACUGCAACUCCAGCCAGAAGGAGCAGAAGUUCAGUGUCACUCCCAGCUCCAUAAGGAACUUGAGGUCAGCCUGGAGAGCGCGAGACACUACCAAACAAACAAAUACAAAAAUGAAAAGCGUGGGAAAAAGAAAAACUUGUGUCCGAACUCAAGAAUGAAUGAAUUACUUAUAUAAUAAUUUUAAUUGGUUUCCUUAAAAGUGCUAUUUGUUCCCAACUCAGAAAACUGUUUUCUGUAAACGUAUUUACAUACUGCCUGCAUCUAAAGCAUGCCUGUUCAUAUAUUCAGAUGUCACGAGAGAGGGUUUUGUUCUUGUUCCUGAAAAGCAGGGAUUGCCUGCACUCCUGAAAUUCUCAGAGAAGAUUUACAGCGUUGGCAUUUAUGGUUCAGAAACUAGAAUCUUCUCCAGUCGCUUUAAGAACUGGGAGCACAGAUUUCCAUGUGUUUUAUGCAUAGAAAUUCCUGUUAUUUAUUGGAUGAUAUCUUAGGGAUAUGAAAUUUUUAUAAAGAAUUUGUGAGAAAAAUUAAUAAAGCAACAUAAUUACACUUUUUAAAAAAAUUGAUGCUGAGCAGGUUUAUCACGCGAAGAGUCCUACAAUAUCUGUUUAAGAAUUCUUAAAUGAUGGGGCUAAGGAGAUGGUGUGGUUGGGAAAGUGCUUGACACAAAAGCAUGAGGCUCUGAGCUUGAAUCUCCCGAAGCCCCAUAAAAAGGCCGGAGUUGAGGUGACAUUUAAUCUAUAGGAAUUGCUUCAGUGCGUUGGUCUCAGUUAGGGCUUUAUCACUUUGAAGAGA